CAGGAACAAAACCCCCGCGCAGCGCCGCGCGCUCGGCCGCCGCUCACUCGUGGAGAGGAGGAGGAGGAGGAGGAGGGAGGCAGCCAGAGGGAAACUGCCCUGGGGAUUAAUAAGAGGCAGGAGGAGGGAGAGGUGCACGCAGGCAAACAUCUGGACCAUGAAGUUGGCCUUUUGCUUGCUUCUCCCACUUGUUCUUGUGCUGAUCUCAGAGGUGAGUGGGCAGCGGAGGAAGCCUCCACGGAAACCCACCCGCCCGCCUCCUGAGCCCGUCGAGCCUGUUGAACCCGUGGAGCCCACCGAGCUGCCCCCACCCCUGCCGCCCGGCCCACCCUCCAUCUUCCCUGACUGCCCCCGAGAAUGCUACUGUCCCCCAGACUUCCCCUCUGCCCUCUACUGUGACAGCCGCAACCUACGGAAGGUCCCCAUCAUCCCGUCCCGCAUCCACUACCUCUACCUCCAGAACAACUUCAUCGAUGACCUCCCGGAGGAGUCCUUCAGGAACGCCACAGAGCUGAAAUGGGUCAACCUCGACAACAAUCGCAUCCGGAAAGUGGACAGGCGGGUCCUGGAGAAGCUGGAAAACCUCAUCUUCCUCUACAUGGAGAAGAACCAGCUGAAGGAGGUGCCUGCCUUCCUGCCGCCCAACCUGGAGCAGCUGCGCCUGAGCAGGAAUCAGAUUUCCAAGAUCCCUGCUGGGGUCUUCAACAAGCUGGAGAACCUGGUGCUCUUGGAUCUGCACCACAACAAGCUCAGUGAUGGAGUUUUCAAUAAAAACACCUUCAAAGGACUCAAGAAUCUCAUGCAACUCAACCUUGCCCACAACAUCCUGAGGAAAAUGCCGCCUGGGGUGCCCAGUGCCAUCCACCAGCUCUUCCUGGACAGGAACAACAUCGAAGACAUCCCCAGUGACUAUUUCAAGGAGUUUCCCAACCUGGCGUUCAUCCGGCUCAACUACAACCAGAUCUCUGACAAGGGGCUCCCCAAGAACUCCUUCAACCUCACCAACCUGCUGGUGUUGCACCUAGCUCACAACAAGCUCACCAACGUCCCUUUCAUCAGCGCCAAGCUGGAGCACCUCUACCUGAACAACAACUCCAUUGAAAAAAUCAAUGGGACGCAGAUCUGCCCCACCUCACUGAUGUCCAUCCAGGACUUCUCCCCCUCCGACCUGGACAGCGUGCCCCGGCUCCGGUACCUGCGGCUGGACGGGAACCUCCUGAAGCCCCCCAUCCCCUUGGACCUGAUGAUGUGUUUCCGCCUCCUGCAGUCCGUGGUUUUCUAGCCCUGCGUGCCUCUCCUAUGACUUGGCUUUGCACAAAGACUUGAACCCCAUCAGCUUUUGACACUCGGGACUCUCUUUGCUUCCCCCUUCCCUCGCUCACACCCUGGCCUCUCUGUUCCUCAUCCCCUCCCUUUCCUUGCCUGCAGUGGCUUCUGUGUCCCCAGGGGUUGUCUGCAGGACAGCAUCAUGUUGCAGCAACUGUCCCAGGUCCCAGCAUCAGCCUGGGCUGCAUGGGGGGCUGUCACCUCUCACUAUGCUGUCACACUCCUGUCACCCUGCCCCUGCCCUCACCCCCUCCCCUCCCCACCUGGCCCUUUGCCAGCACUGGAGCUGGCUUCAUCUCUCCCCUGGACCUGGCAGAGUUUGGGGAGGAUGGGCUCGGUCCUAGCCAAAGCAUGUCCUGGUGGAGCUGAUGAGGAGGCUGUUUGGGGAAGGGAUGGCACAGGAGCGAGCGGUGCUGCAGGACAGCAAUCACACAGCCCUGUGACGGAGCUAUUUCAGCUCAGAGCAGCAGUAUUCUGCACAAACACCAAACCCAAACAGCCACGAAAGCCGAGACCGGCCUAUCUGGGGACAGCUGCAUCCCUGUGCUCGGGGCUGCAGCACGCGCUGAGGCUGACUCCCGGCUUUGGGAAGCGCAGCCCUCCGUCCCCGCACCGCCUCCCAUCGAUCCAAGCGAGUUCUGCGGUCACAUCCAACCGACGGCGGCGGAGCGGCGCUGCGGGUCCCAGCCCGAUCCCGGGGCGUUCCCCCGAGGUCCCGCGGCCGCCGCCCGGUUCGGUGCGCGGGGCGCGCGGCUGGGACCGCAGGGCAGAGCCGGCAACGACACCUCGUGGCCGCAGCCACGGCCCGGGGCCGGGACGCCGUCCUCCCGCAGCUCCGCAGCCUUGCUCUCGGGGCGGCGUGGCUGAGGGCGAUUGGGCAGGAGAUGGUGGAGGGGGGGGGGGGGGGGUGGUCCUUCCCCUGCUGCUGCCUGUGGGGUUGCAAUACACUCCGCGCGUUCUGCGCCCUUGCCCCGAUUUCAGAGCCCCCUCCCGCUCCCCCCCCCCCCGCAUCCUGCCGCCCCCGUGCUGAGAUGCUGACGUGAAGAACAUCUGGGCUUUGCUGGCUGGGUGACCUCCGUGCCACCCCCCGCCCUGCCCUCCCCUCCUCUCUGCACCCCCACCUCCUGCAGGUUCCACUCUGUCGCUUUCUUGGACCGAACACACGUCUGGUUUUGCCUUGUGGUUUUUGAUUUUUUAUUAUUAUUAUUAUUAUUUUUAAGGAGAGGAAAAGAAAAGGGAAAAUUACUCUUUUGGAAAAGCUGUUUUUUAUCCCCUCUUCUCCCCAUUUCCACAUGUAUCACUUCCCUCUUGGAUAGCUGUGCCUGCAUAUAUAGGGUGUCCGGGUUUAGAGGGGAUUACUCUUUUUUUUUUUUCCUUCCUGAUCCUCAGGACUUACAUUUGAGGAGAAAAAAAUCCAAUCAGAACAAAUAUAAAGCAAUAAACCAAAGAAACCAGCCUUGGUAUUCAUCCCCCAAAGUGACCCUUCUCUGGGGUGGGCAUGGACAGGCACUGUGUCCCACCCCCAGGAAGGGAUGGGCAUGCUUCCUACAGGAAGGAUCAGCAAACUCCCAUGAUAUUCAGGAUUUUUAAAAUAAUAUGAGUCUCUCCAAGUCUUCUUCCAAUGGGCUUUGUUGGGUUUGACAGGUUUCAACCUUAGACCCGGAGACCCUAUGUAUAUAUUUAUAUAUAAUGUGUAUAUAUACUGGUAGACUGUACAGAUAUAUCUAGAGACAUAUGUAGUUCUCAACUGAUUUCAACUUAAUGGUAUUUUCACUCCUACUCUCUGCAGCAGUGAAAAUAAAGAGAUUCACAAGGGACCUGGA